AUGGCCAGCUCCAAGCCCACUUCGGCGAAGAAGCCAAAUGGUCGGCGCCCGAAAACACCUAGUCCCUCCAAGGCGACAAGGGUUUCCAAGACUCCCAAAGGAAAAAUGUCCGAGAAAGCGGCUGCGGCGGUUCUGAGAGCCGCUUCGGCAGAGUUCGAGGACAGCAGCUCGGAGGAUUCCAUCGAGACUCCUCAGAAGUCGACGCCCUCGAAGAGAAGGAAGGGUAAGAACAGGUCUUCUGAUGCUGGCAAGGAAAUAUCCUCUCCCAAGACGCCUCAAAAGUCCAAGGCGUCGAGGAAGAAGCAGAAGAAGGUAUGGCCAUUCACUCAUGUUCCUGCUCGCAUGGACGAGCGCAGCAAGAAUGGCCGCCACGAGGGCCGCAACCUCAUCGUCUGGACCCGCCCCCGCAUGGCUGAGAAGUUUCUUCUCCAUCUCCAGUAUGAGAUUGCCCGUCACAAGAUUGACGUGCCUUGGGAUUCCAUUGCUCAUCGCAUGCACCCGGGGUCAUCGGGCAGCGCGCUGUUGCAGUUCCUCAACCGUCUUCGUGCUGUUCUCAUUGCAGAGGGACAUCUUAUCCCGCCCCCUCUGCCAAAGCCAGGUUCUCGUCAGGUGGUAGACCCGACCAUCCGCGGGUAUGUUCGCGACGACAUGGAUGGGCCUGAUGCCGUCACCACACGGCCGGUGCCUUUUUCUGAGCCCAUGGAAGAUCGCAGGUACAAUCUCCCUGAUGCAUUUGAGGCCAACCAGACCAGGGCCUUCCUUGGUUCUGCCCGCAAGAGGGUCACUGUCAAGCAGGACUCUCCCGAUCCGGCUGACCUUGAUGGCGAUGCAGACUACACCCCAGAGAUGAGUGAUCCGUUUCUGUCGACGCCGGUUCACAUGAGUGCUUCAUCUGGCUCUGUGGCUGGGGCCAUGCUCCACCACUCCAUGGCUUCUCCUGUGUCCUACAUGUCGGCUGAUGCCCUUCCUUCAUCUGCGCUGUACUAUGGAAUGGCGACGGAGGCUGCUGGUUACAUCCCGCCAUUUGAUCACGGCAUGGUGUCCAGUCCUGCUGUUGUUGACCAUUCCUUUGCAGCCCAGGGCGGGAUGACCGGCUUUGAGGGGGCCUAUGCAAACGAUGGCAUGGAUGGGGAGUAUGACCAACUGUUCACGCGUCCGGCGGACAGUUCCCGGUCUGUUUUUACCAUGGGCGAAGGGGCAGGAGCGACCUACUGGCGACAGGCCAUAGUUUUCCCGGGUCUAGAAACCGAAGCUCCGGCGGACCAGCCGGGCAAAGGCAGCGGUGGUGCCGAUGAGGGACUUUGCGCCCUGGAGCGCGACGGUCUGCAGCUGCAGCUGGAGAGCCAGGACGGCGGCGUGCAGGCAGCCAAUCUUGGCGUAGGCGUGCAUGUCAUAGAAGCAGAGCUGGGCGCUGAGACAGAGGGUGAAGCCGGGAUACAAGGGGAUGAGGGUGGUGUAGGUGGCGGCGGCAACAGAGUCCAUCUGCUUCCACAAGGCAGCCGAAAGGAUCUCCAGCAGACCGUUCAGCUGCAGGGCCUCGUGAUGGAAGGCGUCGUAGUCGACACGGGCGUCGAUGUGCGAAGGAUGAGAAGUCGUGAGAGGAAGAAGCGUAGGAGCUUCCUCAGACGGAUACUGGAACCGGCGUCAGGCCCGGCAGCAGAGCUCAAGCGUGGACCGCUCACGCGUGCAUCUGCGCUUCUGGCGGCAACAAGUCGAGGAGGCCAAAUCGUGCGGGAUCGUCUGCUGUUGGCGGACAGCCAUGGACAUCUGGUUGUCGUAUCAUCAACUUCUCCUCGACCGGCCACAUCCGGCGUCGUCAACGAUGGCCUGCUCGUCGACGCCAAUCAGUCUUGGCCGUCACCAGGGAGAGCCCUGACUUCCCGGGCAAGAGCCUCGGCUCUGUCGAGUGCGGCCAGCCUCCGGCCGUCGACCAGCCUGUCGAUGCAGCAGCGCCGGUUUGCCCACAAGGAGCUCAAGUUCGGCGUCGAGGCCCGCGCGGCCCUGCUGGCCGGUGUCGAGACGCUGGCCAAGGCCGUAGCCACGACGCUCGGCCCCAAGGGCCGCAACGUCCUGAUCGAGUCCAGCUUUGGCUCACCGAAGAUUACCAAGGACGGCGUGACGGUGGCCCGGAGCAUCACGCUCAAGGACAAGUUUGAGAAUCUCGGCGCACGGCUGAUUCAAGACGUCGCCUCCAAGACCAACGAGGUAGCCGGUGACGGGACCACGACGGCGACGGUGCUCGCCCGCAGCAUCUUCUCGGAGACGGUCAAGAACGUGGCAGCCGGCUGCAACCCGAUGGACCUGCGGCGCGGCAUCCAGGCGGCCGUCGAGGCGGUGGUGGAGUACCUGCAGAAGCAGAAGCGCGACAUCACGACCAGUGCCGAGAUUGCGCAGGUGGCAACGAUCAGCGCCAACGGCGACACGCACAUUGGCGAGCUGAUCGCCAGCGCGAUGGAAAAGGUAGGCAAGGAGGGCGUGAUCACGGUCAAGGAGGGCAAGACGGUGGCCGACGAGCUCGAGGUGACCGAGGGCAUGCGGUUUGACCGCGGCUUCGUGUCGCCGUACUUCAUCACGGAUGCCAAGUCGCAAAAGGUCGAGUUCGAGAAGCCGCUGCUGCUGCUGUCGGAGAAGAAGAUUUCGGCGGUGCAGGACAUCAUCCCGGCGCUGGAGAUCUCGACACAGCAGCGGCGGCCGCUGGUGAUCAUCGCCGAGGACAUUGACGGCGAGGCGCUGGCGGUGUGCAUUCUCAACAAGCUGCGCGGCCAGCUGCAGGUGGCGGCCGUCAAGGCGCCCGGCUUCGGCGACAACCGCAAGUCGAUCCUGGGCGACAUUGCCAUUCUCAGCAACGGCACCGUCUUCAGCGAGGAGCUGGACGUGAAGCUGGAAAAGGCCACGGCCGACCUGCUCGGCUCGGUCGGCUCCAUCACCAUCACGAAGGAGGACACGAUCAUGCUGAACGGCGAGGGUUCCAAGGACUCGAUUGCACAGCGCUGCGAGCAGAUCCGCGGCGUGAUCAACGACCCGAUCACGACCGACUACGAGAAGGAGAAGCUGCAGGAGCGGCUGGCGAAGCUGUCGGGCGGCGUGGCCGUCAUCAAGGUCGGUGGCAGCUCCGAGGUCGAGGUGGGCGAGAAGAAGGACCGAUUUGUGGACGCGCUCAACGCGACGCGCGCGGCCGUCGAGGAGGGCAUUCUGCCGGGCGGCGGCACGGCCCUGAUCAAGGCAGCGUCGCAGGCGCUCAACGACCUCAAGCCGGCCAACUUUGACCAGCAGCUGGGCGUGACGAUUGUGCGCAACGCCAUCACGCGGCCGGCCCGGACGAUUAUCGAGAACGCCGGGCUCGAGGGUUCUGUUAUUGUCGGCAAGCUCAUGGACGAGUACGGCACCGACUUCAACAAGGGCUUUGACAGCGCCAAGGGCGAGUAUGUCGACAUGAUCGCGGCCGGCAUCCUCGACCCCUUCAAGGUCGUGCGUACCGGCCUGGCCGAUGCCAGCGGCGUCGCGUCGCUGCUCGGCACCAGCGAGGUCGCCAUCGUCGACGCUCCCGAGGACAAGGGCCCGGCCAUGCCCGGCGGCAUGGGUGGCAUGGGUGGCAUGGGCGGCAUGGGCGGCAUGAUGUGA